UUAAAUCUCAAUUGUAUUAGAAGAAACGGUAAAUGUUAAAUGGAAACCGGGGACAGUGUGUGUUAGAUUCCAUGUUAUGGAAGCAUGCAAUAAAAACAAAGUGGAAUUAUUGAGGCAGGUGGUUGUUGCCGAGAUGGCUCUUGUAGUGGCAAAAGAGUAGUUUUGUGUGAAAACCAGUGCCUUUCUCAUCGGAAGAACCCCAUAAAUAAAAGCCCUUCCACACCAAAUCUCUUCAUUGCCACUCAACCACAGAGCACUUUCCUCUCUCUCUCUCUCUCUCCCACCAUCUCCUCGUCAGCCAGUUUCCAGAUCGAGCGCUAGCCAGCCAGCUCCGAUGAGAUCAUCAGCCAGCUGCCGGCGGCGACUCCCCCUUCUUUUGGUGCUACUAAUCUGCACCGCCGCCUCCCACCACCUCGCAUCCUCCCAGAUCCUCGACGGUCUGCUUCCGAAUGGGGACUUCGAGCACGGCCCGAAGAGCUCACAAAUGAAAGGAACGGUGGUCAAAACCAAAAACGCCAUCCCAAACUGGGAAACCUCCGGGUUGGUGGAAUACAUCAAGUCCGGGCAGCGGCAAGGCGACAUGCUUCUCGUGGUCCCCAACGGCGCAUUCGCCGUCAGGCUGGGAACCGACGCCUCCAUCAAGACGGCGUCGUUGAAGGUGAGGAAGGGCAAGUUCUACGCCCUCACCUUCAACGUCGCCCGCACCUGCGCUCAGGAGGAGAAGCUCAACGUCUCCGUCUCCCCUCACGGCGGCUCCGGUAUCCUCCCCAUGCAGACCAUGUACAGCAGCAACGGCUUUGAUUCCUUCGCUUGGGGCUUCAAAGCUCAGGCCGACCAAGUCGUCGUCUCCUUCCACAACCCUGCCGUCGACAAGGAGGAUCCGGCCUGCGGUCCCCUCCUCGAUACCGUCGCCUUGAAGCUCCUCUCUCAUGCCACACGCCCUAAAGGGAAUAUGUUGAAGAACGGUGAUUUCGAGGAAGGACCAUACUUCAUCCCAAACAUAUCCACGGGCGUGCUGAUCCCAUCCCACAUGCAAGACGACCACUCCCCGUUAGUGGGCUGGAUCAUCGAGUCCUUGAAGGCCGUCAAGUACGUGGACUCGGCCCACUUCAAGGUCCCGAAGGGUAAACGGGCCGUCGAGCUCGUGGCGGGCCGCGAGAGCGCCGUGUCCCAGGUGGUACGUACCACCCCGGGGAAGACGUACGUCCUGAGGUUCGCCGUCGGGGACGGAGGGGACCAGUGCGUGGGGCCACUCGCGGUGGAGGCCUACGCCGGCAACAACAAGGUUCAGGUGACGUACCAGUCGCAGGGGAAAGGCGGGUUCAAGUCCGGCGUGCUUCAGUUCAAGGCGGUGAAAGAUCGGACGAGGAUUACUUUCAUGAGCUCGUAUUACACGAUGAAGAAUGAUCACACUGGGGCGCUCUGUGGGCCGUUGUUGGACGAUGUGAUGUUGGUCAGCGCUCGUUACCCGAGGAAGUUCAUGUGAUUGAGAGAGGUGUAAUUAAUUAAUUAAUGAUGGUUUGGUUAAUUAUGUUGUACACUUUUGUCUGGAGGGUGGUUUGUCUGUAUACCUCAGGUUAAUUAAUGGAUUGCUUCGUUUGGUUUUGCUCCGGUUAAGGUUGAUGAUUGCCUCGAGAAUGGGCGCUCAUCAUGAUGAGGGCUUUUUGGUGUUUGUUCCAAAGUAAAAAGCUCUCCUUUACAAGUUACUUAC